GCGUAUCACUUUUGUUUUGUACGGAUAUAACGCUUAUCAUAUACUUCUGUUCUCGACACUGCUGUACAAGCGCCCACUUUCCGUUGAGUCUGUUCCUUGUCAUAGAUAUACAUUUGGUUUGAAAAGAAAGGAGAGUAACCGCAUCAUAGUUCUCUUACUCAUUAUGAAACACCAGCAUAUUGUACUGUACUUGAUAACGGUGUAUCAACUUGUAUCAGCUACGACUCUUGAAUCGCUUCGAAAGAGGUUUGAUGCAGCUGAGUUUGUGCAUGGUACUUUGUCAAGUGAUACUAAGUCGGAGGACAAACCAAAAGAGAGUGAUGUGAAUGAUUCAACGCCUGAUGAGGAGAAGAUUCCUUUCUGCGCUGCCACACAUCCCUCGACGAAUGGGUUCUUUGAUCUUAGUGGAUUGAGUUCUCUGGGGAAAGAGAACAUAGCUGCAUGGGGUGCAAGGGGUUAUGACUAUCACAGAAAUUUCACGCUUGGUAUAUGCUCUUCGCCCUUGAAAUCCAACGUUGAUGUCAGUAUGAAGGAGAAUUCUAAAACCGGAUUAAACUCAAGCGAUGUUGGAGGUUAUUAUGUGGAAGAAGAUGGACGCAAAGUUUCCAUUGGGGAAUUCUCAACUACGCCUAUGUUCAGAGGUAAGAAAUUGACUAUCACCUAUAACAAUGGAAGUUAUUGUCCAAACGGAAUUGAUAGGAAAUCCACCAUUUUGACCUUUACAUGUGAUAGAGAGAUCCUUCAAAAGGCACAGAUCUCUUUUGUCGGUGUCCUCCAUGAUUGUGAUUAUUUCUUUGACGUACAUACUGUCCAUGCAUGUCCAACUGCCCAUAAGGACGAAGGUCUCGGUGUGAUAUGGAUCUUUGCUUUGAUCUUCCUUGCAGCGUUGUUUGUUUACACCAGUGGUGGAUUCUUGUACAAAAGAUUUGUCACCAACCGUCGUGGUUGGAAACAGCUUCCAACAUAUAACCUGGGUAACAAGGUGUCAUCCGCACUGACAGGUCAGGGUAAGGAAAAGGCUCACGUUAACGUUGUUGUCAUUGGUCACGUCGAUUCUGGUAAGUCUACCACCACUGGUCACUUGAUCUACAAGUGUGGUGGUAUCGACAAGAGAACUAUCGAGAAGUUCGAGAAGGAGGCUGCCGAGCUUGGUAAGGGUUCUUUCAAGUACGCUUGGGUUUUGGACAAGCUUAAAGCUGAGAGAGAAAGAGGUAUCACCAUUGAUAUCGCUUUGUGGAAGUUCGAGACUCCAAAGUACCACGUUACCGUUAUUGAUGCUCCAGGUCACAGAGAUUUCAUCAAGAACAUGAUUACUGGUACUUCCCAAGCUGACUGUGCUAUCUUGAUUAUUGCUGGUGGUGUCGGUGAGUUCGAGGCUGGUAUCUCCAAGGAUGGUCAAACCAGAGAGCACGCUUUGUUGGCUUUCACCUUGGGUGUCAGACAAUUGAUUGUUGCUAUCAACAAGAUGGACUCCGUCAAGUGGGACGAGUCCAGAUUCACUGAGAUUGUCAAGGAGACCUCCAACUUCAUCAAGAAGGUUGGUUACAACCCAAAGACUGUUCCAUUCGUCCCAAUCUCUGGUUGGAACGGUGACAACAUGAUUGAGGCUUCCACCAACUGUCCAUGGUACAAGGGUUGGGAGAAGGAGACCAAGGCUGGUGUCGUCAAGGGUAAGACCUUGUUGGAGGCCAUUGAUGCCAUUGAGCCACCAUCAAGACCAACUGACAAGCCAUUGAGAUUGCCAUUGCAAGAUGUCUACAAGAUUGGUGGUAUCGGAACUGUGCCAGUCGGUAGAGUCGAGACCGGUGUCAUCAAGCCAGGUAUGGUUGUUACCUUUGCUCCAUCCGGUGUCACCACUGAAGUCAAGUCCGUCGAGAUGCACCACGAGCAAUUGGCUGAGGGUGUCCCAGGUGACAACGUUGGUUUCAACGUUAAGAACGUCUCUGUUAAGGAGAUCAGAAGAGGUAACGUUGCUGGUGACUCCAAGAACGAUCCACCAAAGGGUGCUGACUCUUUCAACGCUCAAGUUAUCGUCUUGAACCACCCAGGUCAAAUCUCUGCUGGUUACUCUCCAGUUUUGGACUGUCACACCGCUCACAUUGCUUGUAAGUUCGACGAGAUCUUGGAGAAGAUUGACAGACGUUCCGGUAAGUCUCUUGAGUCCAACCCAAAGUUCAUCAAGUCUGGUGAUGCUGCUAUCGUCAAGUUUGUCCCAACCAAGCCAAUGUGUGUUGAGGCUUUCACUGAGUACCCACCAUUGGGUCGUUUCGCCGUUAGAGACAUGAGACAAACCGUUGCUGUCGGUGUCAUCAAGUCCGUUGAGAAGUCUGACAAGGCUGGUAAGGUCACCAAGGCUGCUCAAAAGGCUGCUAAGAAGUAAGUUGAUUAAUCAAUCUCACUUCAAGCUUGACUAUUUUAUUACAAUGAAUUGUGAAUAUGACCUUUUUCACUUCUCGUU